UUGCCUGACGUUCGUAUUCACUUAAGUCAAAAAAUAAUGGGAAAAUUGCCAAAAGAGAACAAAAAAAUCAGGUUGUUGUCUAUUUGUUAUAAAACUAAUUUUGUCCAUUUUUUCUCGUUUUUACCCUUUGUAUUUCUGAAAACUAAUGAAAUAAAUAAUUUUGUGAAUCAAAAAAAUUAAUAAAAUAUCCAUAUACACAAGCUGGUAAUUUUCUUUUGUUCAAAAAAUUGGUAAAUAAGAUUUUUAAAAUACGUUUUACUAAAAGUAGAAUGUGUCUUCUACGAAAAAUGGUAUAGUAGAAAACGAUUUCUAAAAUAAACACAUUCAUCUACUUCUUUUAGAAAGCCCAUUUUACUAUUUACUAAAUUUCUAAAAAAGAAGAAUUUGCAUUCUACUAAUCGUAAAGGUAUUCACUUUCCUUCCAAAUGCAUCUUCUACUUUUAUAAAGUAUUCUAAAUUUCGGGGAAUAUGUUUUCUACAAUGUACUCUUACGUCUACUCAAAGUAGAAAGUGUAUUCAGAAUUUUUAUCAUUUUUCUAAACUUUUAGAAGUCACCUUCUACAUAUAAGAAUACCUGAUUUUUUGCAAAAAUUAAUGAAAUUUCAGUUAAGAAAAUAUUCUAAAAAUCUCCUAGAAAUAUUCUAACUUCCUAAAACGUGUUAUGGUCGAUUUUACUUGAAAAAAUUAAAAAAAAAUGGUUCUCCAUUCUCUUUUUCAUCAAUCUAUGGUUUUUCCAUAGCUUUUUUUUGAUUAUUCUCAUAAACUCUUGUUCUCUAUGAUGUAUAUAUAUACCUCUUUUUUUCGAUUGCCUUUCAACUGUUUUUUUUUUCCUUUUUUCUAUUAACUUUUUUUUUUAAAUUCAAAUUAACUUUUAAAUUCUGUUUAAUUAGAUUAAAUAUAGGGUUAGUUUUGGGAUUAUGAGAAAAAUUAUACUAUUGAGAUAACUUUAUGUUGGUUUUAUAUCAAGGGGACAACAACCUUGUUUUUUUGUUCUCUUUUAGCAAUUUUCCCAAUAAUAAUAUUCUCUCCUUUUCUAAAUAAUCCAUGUUCUACUAUUUUUUACUUGUUUCUAAAAAAUCAGUAUUUUAGAUUUUUUAUUUAUUUUUAAUAAUAAAUUGUAAACUUCAUAAAAUAUUAAUUGACAAUUUUGAAUUUAUUGAAUUAAUAUUGGUUUAAAUUUAUGGAAAUUUGUUAUAAUUUUAAAAGUUAAUGCAUUAAUAUUUAAAUAUUAAUUUUUUUUAUUAUUUGUGAAAAAUCUAAAAUAUGCAUUAUUUAGAAACAGAUAAAAUAUUAUUUAAUUAAAUUUUGUUAAUUUCACUAAAUAACAAAAAAGUAUAAAUAUGGCACCCAUUCCAGGACUGGGAGAACAUAUAAUUGGUAGUUGUAUUCGGCAUUUUUUAAUAAAAUAUUUUUAUAAAACGAUUAUUUUAUUUUUAUAUAUUUUUGAAAAAAAUAUUGGUACAUAUGAAAAAUCGUCAACAAAAUUAGCUGCGUAAAUGCUAUGUAGUAAAUUAGAUGUCAUGACAACUGAUGUGACGACUGGUGUAUGAUUUUGCUAAAAUAUAAAUAAAAUGUAUGUUUCUUAAAUUUUCAAAAGCACAAAAUAUUUUUAUAUGGUCAUAUAAAAGAAAUGGUAAACCAUUUUCUGGAGAGAGAAUGUGAAAGUUUCGACGGCCACGCACUGUGAAAAUCUGAUGUGGUGCGGAUUCGAACUCGGGUUCCUUGGAGAUCCGCUUUAACCACCCAACCACAGACGCAUGGUUUAUACCGUCAUAUAAGCUGGUAUAAAUUAAACAUAUCACAAUAUGUUAAAUAUGAACCGAUUGUCUCCCCGUUACUCGCGCAUAUCCGAACCGAUUGUAUAAACAUAGCCAUAUCUCAUGGCCAAAACAUUUUGGGUCAAGUAUUAUUUAUAAGUUAUUGUUCGAUUCUCGCACUAACGAGAGCAUGGUGUUAUAUCUAACAAUGACAUUUUAGUUCUCUCGAGUGUUUUACAACUUCACCGAGGGUGUUGUUAUAUAAGGCAUAUAUGUUUUAGAAAUAUCAUUGAUUAAGUAAUAAGUGACGAUUUGCACACCAAAAAAAAGAGUAAUAAGUGACGAACCUGUUGAGAAAAUACAUUCCUGGGGCAGACAUCAAGUUAAGAAAAUACCUUUACUAUUGUUUAAAUAUAAACAUAUGAUAAAACAUUGUUAACUGAACCUAAAACAUAUCUAAUCACCCUACGGAGCACCCGUCUAUCCCAAACAAUUUUUUGUGUGUCAUAUAGUUCAUUUGUAAACAAUGAUAACAAAAGGACUGGAAUCCGAAUACAGUUCUAACUUGUAUUAUAUAUAAUACUAUUGUUCAGUCGAUAAAAAGAAAUACUAUUGUUCUAGACGUAGAUAUAAAAAUAGAUAUACAAGUCUGUGAUAAUAUUUUCGAAGUCUCAUAUCAAAUUAUUGGAGCAAGUUGCCUUUAACGAUUAGAAGAACUGGGUCAAUAAAUGGGCGUCUCCCAGUUGAUUAUGGAUAUCAACUAGUGGUAGCUGAAUCAAAAUAAUAUACUUAUUCCUUUUCUUUUCUAUAUACAAUGUUUGUUUAUUUGAUGGUUUUUCAAAGAUUAAAAUAGUAAAUAGUAUUUUUGGCAGAUCACUGAUUCUAUUGUUUAUUCUACGUAAUUAUCCGGUACAUCCGCAACAUUUUUCUCUUCUCCUAUAACUCAAACAAAAAUAACAGCAAAAAAGAGUUUAAGAAAAUCAAAUGUGAUAAAGACAAAUACAGAGAAGGAAGAAACAUAAGCAUGGAGAUUUCUCCUCAUUGUUUGGUUUCUCUUCUUGUAACCCUUCUUUUGUCUGGACUCGCCUCGUCUCUCCACAUCUCUCUUGAUGAAUUUGAGUCACAUCCAGCCACAAGCCGAGCUCUUCUUCAGGCAAAGACACCAUGCAAGGAAGAUUUUGCGAGCAAGAAUUACACAAUUAUAACGAGCAAAUGCAAAGGACCAAAUUAUCCAGCCAAGGCAUGUUGCUCGGCCUUCAAGGACUUUGCUUGCCCAUUCGCAGAAGCUCUUAAUGACGAAAAGGCAGACUGUGCCUCUACAAUGUUUAGUUACAUCAAUAUCUAUGGUCGUUAUCCUCCCGGAAUAUUCGCAAACAUGUGCAAAGAAGGCAAAGAAGGGCUCGAUUGCGCCAACGUCACCGCUACCUCUUCUGCUCAUGCAUCACUCCCUCUUGUCUCCACACAUGCAUUGCUUAUCACCGUUCUCUUUUUCUACUUCUUCUAAAGACAUAUGUUACGCUAUGACAUGAGAUUUAUUAUAUAUGAUGAUUCCGUCGUUAUAUAAUUAGUUGUUGAGUGACCCAUUAAGUCGUUCCUGCAAAACCAUAGCUGAAAAUUUUCUUUCUUGUGUUAGGCUCUCGUGAACUAUUUGUUUCUUUUUUCUCAGUAACAUGCAUAAUGAGGGGUUAAACCCAUAUGAU